UGGUUUGAUUGGAAAUCGAAAUGCCUCAACUUGAUAAAUUGACUUAUUUCUCACAAUUCUUCUGGUUAUGCCUUCUCCUCUUUACUUUUUAUAUUCUCUUUUAUAAUAAUAAUAAUGGAAUACUUGGAAUUAGCAGAAUUCUCAAACUACGGAACCAACUGCUUUCGCACCGGGGGAACAAGAUCCGGAGCAAGGACCCUAAUAAUUUGGAAGAUAUCUCGAGAAAAGGUUUUAGCACCGGUCUCUCAUAUAUGUACUCCAGUUUAUCCGAAGUAUCCCAAUGGACCGUCGACUAUUUGGGAAAAAGGAGGAAAAUCACUCUGAUCUCAGAUUUCGGAGAAAUAAGUGGCUCACGAGGAAUGGAGAGACAGAUUCUCUAUUUGAUCUCGAAGUCCUCAUAUAACACUUCUUCCAGUCGGAUCACUUGUUGGAAAAACAUAAUGCUCACACAUGUUCCACACGGGCAAGGAAGCAUAAUCUAAUGAACUUAGAUUCUUUUCUUUCUAUAGGACUGAGGAUCCUUGCCUAGAUCCAGAAAAAGUUGGAUGCGCCGGAAGCUGAAGCGGAAAUGCAAUUCUCGGGUGAGGAAAGGGUUGUCUCAGGUACGCCUGGGGCAGGAUUGAAUCGAUGUACCUAAGCUAAACUUAUAAGAUUGAACCACCUAUAGACGGAAUUAGGAGAGCUGAGGUUUAAUCCAAGACCAGGAAAGCACCAGCUAUAUCGAAGCCCAAUGCCAAGCAAAGCCCUAGACGGAAAGUGAAGAAAUUGGCUUCAAGCUUCGCCCUUAACCCAAGAUGAGGUGGAGCCUUACCCCGACACAAGGUGGGACCCUCCCAUUAGGAUAGUGGGCUUAGUCAGACCAACAUAGGUUGUCAACCAAAAAGGAGAAGCUCCCGUUAUUGUUGGUUUAUGGACCUAAGACGAGAGGAUUGGGCUUAGAACAAGACCUUUCGGUGGAUAUGAUCACAUCUUCAUGACAAUAGGUGUACACCUUUGGCCUCACUCAAGGUAAUGGGUGACCAAACCUAACGAGUCUAAACAAAUUGGAUCUUAUUGUGUGACAAAAACUGAGAUUGGGAAUGCUUGGCAGGUAUUUGAGUACCAGUAAAUUAGGGAAAUCAAACACAUAAAGAAGUUUUCUUUCCAAGCCUGGUAACACCACACUUAAGUAAGUCGAUUCAGAUUAGCCAACAAGCGAAUCCAUUCCAUUAACUCAGUCAACUCUUUCUGGUAAAAGUGCUCAUCAUUACUACUAUAUAUAAUAUAAUAUAAUAUAGUAAAUUACAGACAACACUCAAUGCUAAUGAGUGGAUCAAGUCAUUUACUAGUCAAUGAACUGACUAAACCCUGUCUGUUCUGGGAAUUGACCCACUUAACUAUACUCUUAGGGCAAGCCGCCCUGUGGUAAUUAACUCCGUAAAAUCUGUAUCAGUCUUGAGGCAAUUUGGAAAUGCUAGACAAAGAUAUUAAUCAGAGUCAGUCAAUUCCCUAGCUACAGUUAAUAUGAAAAAUCCCGGGUAGGUAAUUCAAACACGCCCCACCCAAUAGGUGAAUCUUUCAAAGUGUGGGAAAUCUCCCCUUUCUUCAAUCCUAGAAUCGAUGCCUAAGAAAAAGGGUAUAUCUAUUAAAAUGCUCAACCCAUUCAUGCGAUUCAAUCCUCUGCUCUGAUUCUAUUAAAAAGGAAACACUCCACUAAGUCGUACACACUCCCCAAUAAGUCUGGUAAUUAAUUCGUUCAAAUCAAUGCUCGGUGCAGCAGGUAAUGUAACUUAAUCAAUCGCAAGCGGCAAAAGAACUCAAACUCAAUCCACAAUCCGUCUCGCUCGUCUGGGAAAGAAGAGCAGGCUGUUAGGCAAGCCGGCUUUAAUACAACCUCUAGGGAAGCCAGGAAAGUUGGUAUAUACUUUGUACCAAGUACCAAACUUUUGAAACAGUUUGAAUCCAAUAAGGAAGAAAUGAAAAAGCUAGGCCGAAGGAUGAGAUGGCAUUUCAAGAGAAUAGUCGAUCAGUAUGGCAGGAAGAGGUCUCUUUGUCAAAUCCUCUAUCAUCUAAAGCUGGGUCAGAAACUUCCUUUAGGAGCAGAAGAAUUUGCAGGCCGUAGGACAAAGCUUCCAUUCUCGAAGAAACUAGCCAAGUUUGAAAACACUUAAGAGGGCUGGGUAUUGAAAGAGUCUGGCAGGAAGAAGUAUAGUACCAAGCGGCAGUAAGCCUCGAUUCGAAUUAGCAGAGAGGUCAGUUUUAGGAGGUCGGUGUCCAGUGGAGUUCAGCGAGAAACUCAAAGUAAUACAUACCUAUUUGUUGCGAUGUGAUUGCUUCGCACCUUUCAAUAUUUCUUUUACUUCUAGUGCUAUCUUCCAUCCGUUCCAGUUCAUGGAUCUUCUUCUUGUUGUAGAACGAGAAUUGGAUUGAUUCCUAUAGUUUAGUUCUCUAUUUGCAAAUUCAUUACUUAAUAACGAUCUUAUAGGCUUUGUCUCAGGCAGAUCUGGAGCGACUGGAUUGAACAGAAAGUACUCUCACACUAUAGAAAAAAGUAAAGUCCACUAAAAGUACAUGCACUCUUUUCUUACACUUAUAGAGGUUCGAAGAAAUGAGUAAAAGGUAGACUAAGUGAUCAAUCAAGAUCUUGUCUCAAAACCUACUCUUAGAAGGCUCAUUCCAGCAGCCUUAGCACAAGCAAGUAGACCGUCACAAAAGAGAAUGAAAUCAAAACCGGAGAAUGAAAUGCUUUACUUAUAAUACUAAGACAACCAGGCACUUCACUUCAGGCUUUGAUCCGCGACUUACAGAACUGUUUUGCCUGACAUUCAAUCGUUUUCUUGUCUUUUUUUCUUCCCACUACUAUAUAUAAUAUAACCUUUAGAUUUUAUACUCCAUCCAACCACUCUCUGUUCCAUUUCUCAUUCCUUAUUCCUGAAAGGAUAGGUUCUUUAUUCCAGCUGUUCGUUAGAAUCUUAGCUCGAAUUCAAUGUUCGGAUGCUCCAUCCUUCGCGUCCAAUCCCUGUCAGGAGGGGCAGCUUCCUCGAGUCCGGUCUCGGAAGCUGGGGCAAAAUAGGCCAGUCUAUCUGAGGGAACGGGACCUACAAUCAGGAUCUCUUCCGCGGAUCUCUUGCCUUGCUUCUUGACUGGAACCUGGCACUUUUAGCGUGCAUCUAGUCUGCAUAUCCCUUUCUGCAAAUCUCUAUUAGCUCUGCUGCAGAAGUGGAAUGUGAGCUUGGGAAUACCCUUCCGGUUUCCAGAAUCCUAGCUUGAUUUCUUGCGUUUAAAGGCAGGCUUGACCAACCACAUCACAUAAGCCAGCGCAGCGAGAAAACUGAUUCUUCCACGGGAUUCCGCUUCCUACGAAACAUACGUUUUACGAAUUAACGGUUACCAGUAGCGAGCGAUCCUUUCCUACAAGGUAAGGCCAUGGACAAAGGUUUUUUAUCUACCCCAGCGGGGGCAGUUUUAGGAGUCUUUUUUCAAUCCAUCUUACUUUGAAUCCGGGCUCGCCUUCACUCGGUCAAGGGGUUGCCCUUUACCUCGUUCCGUGGUCCUUUAUCCCCUCCUUGCUUGCCUAGUUUUAUUCCUUUCCGAGGCCCAAAAGCCAAGCAUCACAAUCAGAGGGUUAAUCCUCCAACCAGAACCAACUUAACCUAUGGAUAGUCUCCGCCGGCCUAGGCGGAGAUGGCCAACUGAUAGAUACUUAUCCUGCCCAGCGGGUGCUACUUCUCUUCUUUCUCCUAUUUGCUUUGCUUGACGGUGAAACCUAUCGAUCAUAUCCGGAAGUUGCUUAACACUACCCUCGAAUGCAAGUCAGCUCUUCGAUUCUCGAGAAUCGGGGUGGGCCAGGUGAUUAUUUGAUUUCCAAUAUGGAUAUAAUGAUGUGUAAGAACUGCACCACCGAUAUAGCACCCUUCCUCGGACUAAGGAUAUUCGUACUCCCAGUGCUCUUGCUUCCUUUGCACCCCGGCUCCGAAGGAUCAGUAGGGAGGACUCCGGAUGCCAGUAUCGGAAUGGAAACAUUCCUCGAAUGAUAUGAUGGUUGUGAUGCCCCGUUCGUGAUACCCAGGGAAGGGGACUACAUCAUACUUCUCUGAUCCAGUCCUUUCUUUAUUGACAAUAUUUAUUAGUUGACCACUUUACUAGGCUUUCCCUAACAAAAGUAUUCCGAGUGACCACCCUAUUGUCACUUUACUGUCCAGUUCGCGAGUCCCACUCACUUAUUUUAGUCAAACCGACCCUAACUAAAACUAAGUUAAGUAUAGUACUUUUCUCAAUGCUGCCCGCCUCUCAUCUGUUUUCUAAUCAGCUUCUAUCUUCUGUUCCAACCAAGGAAGCUCUUCUAUUCAACCGGUUCGUAUCGCCAGGCCCCUCAGGGGGUACGGUUUAUCUAAUCACACUGCUCGCUACUACAGGGAUUCCUUCUCCUUGCCGAGUUGCAGGUGUUACCACCCUAGAUAUUCUAUUUAUUAUUUGUAUGCUGCCUUCUCUCCUUCAUCUGGAUUUUUGAGAUGAUUGUUAUGUUAGUUCUUCCUUCUAUGUUGUAAGGUGCAAUCUCAUCCGAUGUUUGCCAGUUUGCCCGAGUCUUCCCGAUUCUUAUCCAGCCCAGCUAGAUUGGACCAACAUCAGCGGUGCUUCUAUUAACCCUUGCUUCUCUACUAUUCUUAGGUCUUAGGAGAACCCUAUCUUCCAUAUUCCUAAUCCUCAAGUACAGUAGGCCGCACUCUUCGAUCCUUUGGUCCUAGAACACCUUUUGUCGUAAACUAUACUCUACAUUCCCCCUCGGUCUACUCCGCCAAAGUAGCGACAAGAUUCAAUUGCUGGUUCGAUUCCAGCUCGCUAUCCGACGGUUAAUCCUUUAACCAGAGAUCAGCAUCCAAGGGUUAUUCCUUGAACCAGUGCUUCCUAUCGAAUCGAUCAUUCUUUACUUACUUUAUUAAGAUUAAGUGGGCAUCCCUCACUGAAAAGAGAAUCAAGCAGGAAAACCCUAGGACGAGGGAUAGUGAUAUUCCUUUCACCGAGCAAGAAACCAUCUCUUUCUUUCACAUAUAUAUAUCUAUUUCAAGAAGUCCAAUCCACCACUAUCAAUGGAGCACUCUACUCUAUACUAUUACCGAGUGAAGAUUUCAUCGGAUCCGGCUUGCUUUCAUUGAAGGACAAGAGCGGAUAGUUCCCUUCCCUUUCUUCGAUGAACCCUUAUCUUUCGAUAGAGAAGUACAGCGAGAUGAACGAUAAGUCGAACGACAGAACAACCUGAUGUUACUGCAUCAAGUAAUUCAGAUUGUCAUAUUGAGAUUUUUUCCUUUUUUGUACUUAUUAUUCCAAGCCAAAAGGCUAUGUUCUCCCCCAUACAGCUCGCAAGGCUCAUAACCUAACUGCUCUACUUACUUAAUUCUUAAUUCAGAAAUUCAACAACCCUCCCUUGAAGGGCCAAAACAACAGCAGAGUAGCAGGUCAAAAAGAGAGAGAGAACUGAAACCGAAGAUACUUGGGUUGGGAGAACUCUUCUACAGUACUCCAUUAACAGAAUAAAAGUAUAGACCAAUCAGCCUUCCUUAUUGUCCAAGAUCAUUACUAAAGUGUUGGCCAACAGACUAGUACCAGUGGUGGAUAGGAGAGUAAGUCCCAGACAGCUAAGAUAAACUCCCGGGUAGUGUUGUCACUGCACAAGAGGUGCGUAACAGGUGUAAGCAAAGAAGAGAGCAUAACACUGGAUUUAGAAAACGAGCAUAUGAUAUGGUGAGACAACUUUCUCUUUUUUGAGGUGAGAUGCUAGCCAGCCCUCUAUUCAUGGGUGAGAUAUCGACUUUACAGCGUUACCACGUACCAAAUCGUUCACUCUAUCAGGCAGCGGAAGUGCAUCUCUUCUUUUUGCAGGACUUCUUCCUAGCUCCGUGGAACGAAGAGUUGGAACGAAUAGUAGAAUGUUGGGCAGCAGGAAAGACUAGUUACAGAAAAGCCAGCCCCCAGUUCAUUCUGGCUAUUGCAUCCGUGGAAUGCAUAGUUAGCUCCGUUUUCAAGUCCCACCCUACCUACUUAUUAGCUUGCCCUGUUUCUAAUGCGCUGUGGACCUUGCUUGUUGGCUUCGUCGACCAAUUCAAUUCCUUGUGUCGGCUCCGAUCUAACUAGUAAGAAGAAAGAUAGAUAUAUAGAAUUGGGUGGGCAGAGUUGGCUUGCUUCCAAGAGAAUAAACACCUGGCGACUCGAAAACAUGAUGCGCUAGGUUUCGAUCAGUUAAUCGAGAUAGGCUGUACUUUUCAUUCGAUUUUGUUACCACGUGCUUUUCACUUCAUGAUCAUGGCUCAUUUUCCUAGAACACCACAAAAAAUCUCCCUACCAGUUUUAUGAGAGUGCUCAGUCAACUUCCUAUAAGAGUUCUGCUUUUGCUAAUCAAAGACAGACAUCAAUCCCUCAUCCUACUCUGUCUGUCAGUCGGUUACUCAGUUCUGUUAGCUACUCACGUGUCUAUACUAAGCUAAGAUAUUCCUCAUUCUUGCACAGGACAGGACAGGAGAGGGGAUUGCCUUAGCUACCGGUACCGAACUCCGAUCAAACUAAAACGAAAAGCUUAACCGAUUCUUGUAGAGUCCUUAGCAUUAGAUAAUGCAUGCGCACACAAGAGGAAUGAACUUGCCUUCUAGUGAUUUGGAAGGAUUGAGUCGGCUGCCCCCAGCCUCGCCCCGCAUCGCCCUCCGGGGGUAGUUACGCCAGUGGAACCAACUCACAAAGCAGCCCAAAAGCAGGAACUUUUCUUGAUUGAAUUGGUUUAAAGGUAAUUCAUCAAUCCUUAAAUUAUUCCAGGAUUCUUUUGGGAUGCUAUCCACCCUUUGAUUUACGAAUUGGCUAUAAUAUUUACUCUGGAUCCCUUCCAGCUGCAAGUCAAGAAGGAUCCUUUGAAACAUUUUAGGAUUAUACUCACAAUUGGUUUGGGGGUUUCGUAUUGCAUUGCCCGCACUAUCCAUAUCCUGGAACAGGAUUGAUUUGGCCAUGGAAAGGGCCAGCUAAACGCCUAAGCUCUGAAAGUACGGAUUGCUUCCCUUCAUAGAUUUUAUUAGUUAAUUUGAGAAGUUCCUCUGGGCUCCUGGUCCUUUCCAGAUACUGCAAACUCAAAUUAUGAAAUAUGAGAUCCCUGCUACUCAGAGUCAGAGACCCGAAAGGACGUGGUGGACUCCCUGGUUCCCCCUCAUCUGCAGGAGAAAUUGAAGAAGGUGCAGCCCCGCCCCCUGCGGAGUGACUCGGGGCCGGCGGUGGAGUAGUACCUGACUGGGUCGAGUAGGCACCCUCCUCAGGGCUAAGUGGCGGAUCUAGAAAAUAGUCUGAGCCGUCAAGAACUAUUUCAGGGGGCAGGACCCGAGUGCUCUAUUGGAGCUUUGCCCUUGCCCUUAUCUUGGGCUUGACAGGUAGACUAUAAAGAGAUUCAGUACAGCAAGCCUGACACUCAUAUUUAUUAAUAUAAUGGGGACCCAGAGAAAGAUAAUAGAGAGCCAUCUGCCAAUAGGCAGAAUAGAUUCCACACUCACUUCAGAUUCUGGGUGGGUAAAGGGAAACGUGAUCUCUAUUCUGAGAGGGAGCGCGGUCGAGCAUAGACUCGGCAACAACCAAUACAUCCAAUACCACAGUAGGCCCACGUACUACAGCUUAAAUGUACUGUAUGUGCCAUCAUAAACCAUUUCAGUCGUAGUACCUAACCUACCAGGCACUUGUUUGCCACCAAGAUAACCUAAUUAACGUGAAACCAACUGUAUUUCCGCUGUAGUACCUACCAGGCUUGUAACCAAGCUAAGUGAAAUUGAAAAACAUUUUCGCUGUACUACCGCUCGUGUAACCGACGUAAUCGGUCUUAAACACCUAUAAUAUAAGGAACUCGUGUACAACCAUAACAUUUAUAUAUUUCACAGGUGUACCACCGUAACCAAUUUCACUCGUGUACUACAAAGAA